UGCUACUCCGUGGUUACAGAUGACUUGAAGCCAAUGUGAUUAGCCUGGCUCUGCAGGCGAUGGAUUGGGCCGCAAAUAAAUACAACAUCAAUUCAACAUUACAUUUACAGGACACGUUUUUAUAAGACAAUUAAUUGAAAUUGUGAAAUGCAGGUAAUUGCAGAAUCAUGCGUUUUCACUGAAAACUUGCAGUGCACAUCCGAUAGGCGUCGCAAUGACUGGGAAGAACAUAGCUUAUGUUCUGGCUAGUAAGCUAACGCUCAUACUGGCGAAUUCUAUUUCUGCUUUACUGCCAGCGUUUACCUAGCUUUCUGACUGGCUAACAAACGCUGCUACACGGCUCGGGCCUUAGGGCUGCUGGAGGACUACUGUACUAAACUGCGAAAACCAGAGGAGCAACAGCUUAAAACUGCCAUUCUGAGAGUGAUGGGUAUCUUCAAGAGCAGCCUGUUCCAAGCUUUACUAGAUAUUCAGGAAUUCUACGAGGUGACGCUGCUGAACACUCAGAAGAGCUGUGAGGAGAAGGUGGAGGAAGUCAAUAACAUGGCGGAGAAGUGGGAGCGAGCUGGCUCCCCGACCGUGAUCCUACAGCACCCCUGCCCAGGAGAUGAGUCGCGAGACCUGAGCAGCUCGGAGCAGAACGGGAUGGAGCAGGCCGAGAACAGCGCCGGGCAGAACAGGCCGGCCGCCGUGCAGGGGUCCCCACCCGCCACCCAGCCCCCGGCAUGUAUGAACCCCGCCCUGAUGAGCGCACCCUGGUACAGGUACCAGGAUGAAGACUCGCCUCCGCAGGAUCUUGGCUUCCCCCGUCUGACCAAUGAGGUUCGGGCGCCGGAGCUGGUGCACGUGUCGGAGAAGAACCUCUCGGAGAUCGAGAACGUCCACGGCUACGUAUCCCACUCGCACAUCUCCCCGCUCAAGCCUGCGCUGGUUACCCGUUUUGAUCUUACAUACCCGGGUCUGACUGCAGCAAGCUACCUGGCCAGCCCCGCCCCAAUUAUAGUCAACACGGAGACGCUGGAGACUGUACCAUAUGUCAACGGGACUGAAAUCGAAUAUGAAUUUGAGGAAAUCACGCUAGAGCGGGGGAACUCAGGGCUGGGAUUCAGCAUCGCCGGAGGGACGGACAACCCCCACAUCGGCGAUGACCCCGGGAUCUUCAUCACCAAGAUCAUCCCGGGCGGGGCGGCUGCGGAGGACGGGCGGCUUAGAGUGAACGACUGCAUCCUGCGGGUGAACGAGGCCGACGUGUCCGAGGUGUCUCACAGCAAGGCCGUGGAGGCCCUGAAGGUGGCCGGCUCCAUCGUGCGGCUCUACGUGCGACGGAGGAGGCCCAUGCUGGAGACGGUCAUCGAGAUCAAACUCAUCAAAGGACCAAAAGGGCUGGGGUUCAGCAUCGCUGGAGGGGUGGGGAACCAGCACAUCCCCGGAGACAACAGCAUCUACGUCACCAAGAUCAUCGAGGGCGGAGCGGCACAGAAGGACGGCAGGCUGCAGGUUGGGGACAGGCUGCUCAUGGUGAACAACUACACAUUGGAAGAGGUGAGCCACGAGGAAGCGGUCGCCAUCCUGAAGAACACGUCUGAUGUAGUGUACCUGAAGGUGGGGAAGCCCACCAGCGUUUACUUAUCGGAAUCCUAUGGGCCUCCGGACAUCACACACUCCUUCUCUCCAGCCAUGGAAAACCACAUCUCUCCUGCCGGCAACAACGGCUCCCUGGAGUACAAGUCCAGCCUCACGCCCGUCUCCCCAGGAAGGUACUCCCCCAUCCCAAAACACUUGCUUGGGGAGGAGGACAUUAACAGGUUGGAUGGUUUCUCGUUCUUACGAAAUUCCUCAUUAGAUGACGGGGAGAGUCACAGGUUUGAUUCCCAGCACUUCCAGUUGAGCAGGCCUCCAGAGCCAGUUUACAGCACUGUGAACAAACUGUGUGACAGGGCCCCGUCCCCCCGCCACUACUCCCCCCUGGAGUGCGAUAAAAGCCUCCUGCACUCGGUCCCCUUCCCUCACUAUCACAUAGGUCUGCUCCCCGACUCCGAAAUCACCAGGGAGCCCCGUAAGAUUGUCCUGCACAAGGGCUCCACUGGCCUGGGCUUCAACAUCGUGGGAGGUGAGGAUGGCGAGGGGAUCUUCGUCUCCUUCAUCCUGGCGGGAGGGCCAGCCGACCUGAGCGGGGAGCUGCGGAGAGGAGACCAGAUCCUGUCUGUGAACGGCAUCGACCUGCGAGGCGCCACCCACGAGCAGGCGGCAGCAGCGCUCAAAGGGGCGGGACAGACCGUGACCAUCUUUGCGCAGUACCGACCAGAGGAGCUCGCUUUGUGCUCCCCGAGACGGGCUCCGCCUCCAGCACCAGAGUACGGCCGCUUCGAGGCUAAAAUCCAUGACUUGCGGGAGCAGAUGAUGAACCACAGCAUGAGCUCCGGAUCGGGAUCACUGAGAACCAAUCAGAAGCGCUCGCUCUACGUCAGGGCCCUGUUUGACUACGAGAAGGCCAAGGACAGCGGCCUGCCCAGCCAGGGCCUCAGCUUCAGGUACGGGGACAUCCUCCACGUCACCAACGCCUCCGAUGAUGAGUGGUGGCAGGCCAGGAGGGUCACCCCCGAUGGGGACAGCGAGGAGAUGGGCGUCAUCCCCAGCAAGAGGAGGGUGGAGAGGAAAGAACGGGCAAGACUAAAAACAGUGAAGUUUAAUGCCAAACCAGGAACAAUUGAUUCUAAAGGGUCAUUCAAUGACAAGCGUAAAAAGAACUUCAUCUUUUCACGAAAAUUCCCAUUCUACAAGAACAAGGAGCCGGGUGAGGCAGAGGGCAGUGACUCUGAACGGAGCCAAGAGGAUUUAAUCCUAUCCUAUGAGCCAGUCAUCCGCCAAGAGAUUACCUACGCCAGACCAGUCAUCAUCCUUGGACCCAUGAAGGACAGAAUCAAUGAUUUAAUAUCGGAGUUCCCGGACAAAUUUGGAUCAUGCGUGCCACACACCACGAGGCCAAAGCGGGAGUAUGAGGUGGACGGGCGGGACUAUCACUUUGUCACCUCCAGGGAGCAGAUGGAGAAGGACAUCCAAGAGCACAAAUUCAUCGAGGCCGGCCAGUACAAUGACAACCUGUACGGGACCAGCGUCCAGUCUGUCAAAUAUGUGGCCGAGCGAGGCAAACACUGCAUAUUGGACGUGUCAGGAAAUGCCAUUAAACGGUUACAAGUAGCACAACUCUACCCUAUUGCCAUCUUCAUAAAGCCCAGAUCUGUCGAGUCCUUAAUGGAGAUGAACAAGCGGCUAACAGAGGAGCAGGCAAAGAAGACGUACGACCGGGCAAUGAAGCUGGAGCAGGAGUUUGGGGAGUUCUUCACAGCUCUGGUGCAAGGAGACACAUUAGAGGACGUUUAUAAUCACUGUAAGCUGGUGAUAGAGGAACAGUCUGGACCUUACAUCUGGAUUCCUUCGAAGGAGAAAUUAUAAAGGCAACCCAGGCCAGGGAUCUGAGACUGCAAAUAAUAGGAAUAAUUUGUAUAAUACAAUAAAUUAUUAUGGAAAUGGUUAUUAUUAAUAAUUCCAAUGAUUACCAUGAACUUUUUUGUUGCAUUAUCGUUUUCUUCACUUUCAAAAUGAAUGUUCCUGAAUGUACACCACCAAGUGUUCAAAAUAUUUUGGCCUCAAAAAAGAAUGGACUUGUUUGUUCAUGUAUUUAUUAUUAUUUUGUUUUAUUUGUUGUUGUUUUUUUUAAUUUUUUUUUUAAGAGAAGGUGAAAGAAACAAAAGUCCAUGUCAGAUGUGUAUCCUCAGACAAAAAUAACAAGUGGAAGGACAAGGAAGACGACCAAAUGGCCCUGGAACUCAGAACAUCAUCAACAACACACAGAAGACAGAAAAUAACGGCUUCUUUUGCUUUCCAACUGAUGAAUAGCACUCAGUGUCCUCAAAACCUCAUUUCACAUUAGUGGUUGUAAUAAGUAGUGAGUUUCGUAUCUAUGCACUCUCUAGACCCUUGGAUACUUUCUGUAAUGUGGUUUACUUUCAGUUUAUUAUUGUUUUCCUAAUUUAUUAUUUUUUUCUAUUCAUUUUGUUUGAAUUUUUGUUUAUGGACAAUUUAUAGUUUGCAAUUGUUCAUGUUUUCUAGUGAAUUCUUCCUUUAAAAAUAUGAAUAAGAGAUACUUUAAUUUAGAGAGAACAAAGGGAUACAACUAGGAAUAGGAAAUUUGACACUAUAUUUUGCUAUUUAUAUUGAUAGAGGGCACAACAGCACAGAACAUAUUUAUAACGAAGAUAUAACUUUGUAAAAAACAAUAAAUUUAAAAAAAUGAGUUUUACUUGUGUAACAUAGUGUGUUGUGGUAGAUUUAGUAUUGAUGGAGAUUUUGUAAGAAAGUAAGUGAAUAUGUAUGGAUUAUGUCCCUUGUUGGGUUGGGGAAUUUACAGUUUUGUGGUGCACUGUGGUGACCAACACGUUUACCCAGAUCUGAGUUCCAAGCAAAGUAUUUCCCCCUCUAAAGUUUGCAUGAACCAGGGAUGUUUCCCCAUUCGGCCGCUUUCCUGAUGCUGCAAACAUUUUUUGAGGUGGUUUUUCCCAUAUAAGGCAAGAUUCGUAGGCCUGAGGGUCCAAAUUUCAUGUGUCAAUAACGUUUGCAAUAAGCCCAUUUAUGGCCUACGACAUUGCUACUGAGACUCUGCUUGGGAGUAAAAAUGGAGGAAGAUUGUGCUUGCGACCACAUGGUACUGCAAGCUAUUGAAUGUCUCAUUGUAUAGAAAGCCACUUAUAUGGUUCCCUAUGAUUUAUAAUGUACAGUUAAUAUUUGACCAAUCAAUGUUGAGGUUGUGUACACAUCUCAUUCAUGUAUUGUUAUUUAUUUAUUACUCUGUAUAGAAAGAGACUGUGUAUCUUCUUCCUUUAUUUGUGAACUCUUGCCACCAGGAGUGGAUGUCAGCCCACCGGUGUCAGAAACGGGAUGGCCUGAAAGUCAGACUUCAUCCACCAAAGUAAACUACCUUCAGGUGGUGGUGGAGUGGCAUAUUUUGUGUUUGCUAUACAUUCACUAAUUUCAUCUGUCUGUCUGGAUUGGCUCCUCUGACGUAUUGGUCACCACUUGCCUUAAAAGAGAGAGAGGAAAUUCUGACAAAGGUUUUUGCUACUUUCUGCCUCUGGCAUCUUUGUAACCUCAUUACAUCUACUGUUUACUAACUGAAAUAGGACUUGUUGGUAGAACCCAUCGGGCAUUUGUAGAGAAAAUGGGUUGAGAGGGGAAACUCGGAACUGUACAGUUUGGUCUGAA